AUGCUACGAGACAUCUUGAGAAUCUUUUACUUUGAAGACAACAUGAAGUAUCCUGGGUCCUCCCUGGGGAGCCUUUUUGUGGUGCCCAAGAGAAGGAAUCCUAAAGACAAGUAUGUUCUAAGCUUGGGGGCUCUCAAGACCAAGGACUCUGAAAUGACAUUUGCUGAAGAAAGUAGACUGAGCGCCGGGGCUCCUGACUUGGUACAGUCUCCUCCUGUGCUGGUUAACUUCGGAUACCGCAAACAGUAUACUAGAUCGGUUGUUGACAGUAUGGAUGGGAGUAAAGUAAUCAAGGACAGUCUGGAAACUCAGCGAUGUGCGGAGCUGGGCAGUGGAGAAGGUGCCGCCGAGACCCGAGAGCAGCAGCCAAGCCCGGCCAGCAGCCCGGCUGCAGCUCCCAGUGCUGCGGCAGGGAAACGCGCUGCCCCAAGGAGGGGACGGCUUGUGUUUGCGAUUGCCCCCUGCCUUCUUAGGCUGAUAGCAGGUCUGAAGUUUAUUGAGUAUCCGAACCCUGGCUUGUUUGUUAAUUUGACACAGGUGAAUGGUGUCCAUCCGGAAUGCGGGUUUCAUCUGGAGAUUCACGAGGAGGAAAAAAGGUGCAUGGAACUGCUGAAGAAUGCAAAGCCAGUGGACUACAAAGGAUGUGUUGGAGUUUGGGAUAACAUCACCUGUUGGCGUCCUGCGAAGAUUGGAGAGACUGUCACUGUCCCUUGUCCAAAAGUAUUUAGCCUUGCUUCUGGCAAACCAGGAAAUAUUAGCAAAAAUUGUACGAGUAAUGGAUGGUCAGAUAUUUUUCCUGACGUCUUAAGUACUUGUGGAUAUAAUGACGAUGACGAUGAUUAUAAGGACAACUUCUAUGUAAGGGUGAAGGCAAUUUAUACACUUGGACACAGCCUCUCUCUGAUUGCUCUUACAACAGGAAGUAUAAUUCUUUGCGUUUUCAGAAAACUUCAUUGUACUCGGAACUACAUCCAUCUGAACCUGUUCCUCUCUUUCAUUCUAAGAGCAAUCUCUGUUUUAGUCAAGGAUGACAUUCUCUAUUCCAGUUCCAACACAGCUCACUGUCCAGAGGAUCAAACCUCAUGGGUGGGCUGCAAGGCUAUUUUGGUAUUCUUUCAGUAUGGUGUUAUGGCAAACUUUUACUGGCUCUUAGUUGAAGGACUUUACCUCCACAUCCUCCUUGUGCUAAUAUUCUCCCCCAACAGACACUUCACAAUCUACCUGCUGAUUGGAUGGGGAAUUCCUACCAUAUUUAUUAUUACGUGGACAGUGACACGGAUCAUUUUAGAGGACACAGGUUGCUGGGAUACAAAUGAGCAUGGUGGUCCCUGGUGGGUUAUACGAAUACCAAUUUUAAUUUCUAUUAUAGUGAAUUUUAUACUUUUCAUUAGUAUUAUAAGAAUCUUACUGCAGAAGUUAAGAUCUCCAGAUGUUGGAGGAAAUGACCAGUCACAGUACAAGAGACUUGCAAAAUCCACGUUGCUGCUUAUUCCAUUAUUUGGAGUUCACUACACAGUGUUCGCUCUAUUUCCUGACCGCAGUUCCAAUAAUUAUAAAAUAAUCUUUGAGUUGUGUUUGGGAUCUUUUCAGGGGCUGAUUGUUGCAGUCCUGUAUUGUUUUUUGAACAGUGAAGUGCAAGGGGAGCUGAAAAGAAAAUGGAGGAGUUUGUGCUGGAAGCAGACAGUGGACAAAGAUUACAGACUCCACAGCUCUUCGAUUUCUCGAAAUGGAUCCGAAAGCAUUUCUCAGCUCCACCGGAAUUCAAGAGCUCAGUCAUUUAUGCAGACAGAGACCACCAUGAUAUAA